AUGGAUAAGAGCUGGAUUAAGCUCAACGAUGUUACUUCAAAAGAUUUUGUUAAUGGAGUUAAAAGUUUCAUGAGAUUUGCUCUGCUGCAUAUUGGGGAUAGAAAGGUUAUGCGUUGUCCAUGUAGCAACUGUCUGAAUCAGAUUUUGCACCCACCCGACUUGGUCAAAUUGCAUAUCCUCACCAACGGGAUGGACAUCGAUUAUGAUGAAUGGGUGCACCACGGUGAAGAUCCCUAUGAACAUGUGGAAGAUGACAUUGUUAAUGAUGAUGUAGAUAAAACAUUCGAGGAAGAAGAGUUGUUAGAAGAUUUGAACUUUGGGAUGCAUAAUUUUAUUGAUCGUGAAAAUCCAUUGGAUAAUCCUGAUGAUCUCAAUGGUGAUCAACCAAAUAUUAUGUUAGAUGAUGAAGUGGAAAAUUUUCAGAAAUUGUUGAAAGAUACACAACGUAAAUUAUAUCCCGGUUGUUCGAAAUCGUUGUUAUCUUUCCUCGUCAAAUUGCUUCAUAUAAAAGUAUUGAAUCGGAUGACUAAUAAGUGUUAUGACAUGAUUAUUGAUUUAUUUAAACAAUAUCUGCCGGAGGAAGAUAUAAUUCCGUCGUCGUUUUAUGAGGCCAGGAAGGUAUUAAAAGGGAUUGGGUUGGGGUAUGAGUUUAUCCAUGCAUGUAAAAAUGAUUGUAUUCUCUUUUGGAAAGAACAUGAGCGGUUAGAUAGUUGUCCAGUAUGCAAAGAGUCUCGAUGGAAGGUUAAUGAUGGCAAAGGAAAGCAAGUUCCUCACAAAAUUUUGCGUUAUUUUCCUCUGAAGCCAAGAUUACGAAGGCUGUAUAUGUCAAGAAAAACAGCAUCUGAUAUGAGAUGGCAUAAGGAUGGGAAAAUUGAGGAAGAUGAUAUGAUGAUUCAUCCUGCAGAUUCUAAAGUCUGGAAGGAUUUUGAUGAGCAGUACCCUUCAUUUGCUAAAGAUCCUCGAAAUGUGCGUCUUGGGCUAGCUACUGAUGGAUUUAAUCCUUUUGGUAAUAUGAAUAAUUCUUACUGUAUAUGGCCUGUGGUUUUAAUGGUAUAUAAUUUACCACCUUGGCAGUGCAUGAAAGAACCUUACUUGAUGAUGUCCCUUUUGAUUCCCGGUCCUCGAUCACCUGGAAGAGAUAUUGAUGUCUAUUUGAGACCUUUGGUCGAUGAGCUGAACGAAUUGUGGGAAUUUGGAGUGAGAACAAGAGAUGCAAAAAUUGGAGAAUUUUUUCUUUUGCGUGCUGCAAUUUUAUGGACGAUAAAUGAUUUUCCUGCAUAUGGUGAUAUUUCUGGACAUCGAACAAAGGGAUAUUAUGCUUGUCCAAGAUGCAGCAUCCAUACUCCUUCACAAAGGCUAAGGAGUAAGAUUGGUUAUAUAGGUCACAGACGUUAUUUGCCUCGAUAUCAUCCUUACCGAAAAAGUCUUAAAUUCAAUGGUGCAGCAGAACAACGAUCCAAGCCUAUGGAGAUUUCUAAUGAUGAUAUUCUUUUCCAACUAAAAGAAGUAGAAAAUGUCGUGCUUGGCAAGCAUUCUAUAGACAAAAAGCGAAAACGUCCUUCCCAACCCUCAUGUUGGACCAAAAAGAGUAUACUUUUUGAGUUGCCGUAUUGGUCAAAACUUAAAUUACGGCAUAAUCUUGACGUAAUGCAUAUUGAGAAGAAUAUAUGUGAUAAUGUGAUGGGAACUAUAUUAGACAUUGAUGGUAAAACAAAGGAUACGGAAAAGGCUCGUUUGGAUUUGGAGGAUAUGGGUAUCAGGAGUGAGUUACACAUAAGAUCACUAGAAGGUGCCAAAGCAAAUAAAGAUGGUAAAGUAAAGUGUUUAAAGCCGCGAGCACUUUUUACAUUAUCCCUAAAGGAGAAGAAAAGUUUUUGUGAAUUCUUGAAAGGAGUAAAAUUUCCGGAUGGAUAUGCUGCGAAUAUCUCUAGAUGUGUGAAUAUCAAAGAUGGUAAAAUAACAGGGUUGAAAAGUCAUGAUUGCCAUGUGUUAUUGCAACGUUUACUUCCCGUAGGAUUGCGUGGUUACCUUCACAAAGAUGUUCUUGAUGUUAUUACCGAGUUAGCCAGUUUUUUCAGACAAUUGUGUUCUCGUAAACUAAACAUUGCAGUCCUCGAUGAUUUGGAAAAUAAGAUUCCUGUGAUAUUAAGCAAGUUAGAAAUGAUAUUUCCACCCGCAUUCUUUGAUGUUAUGAUCCAUCUAGCAGUUCAUUUGGCACAAGAAGCAAAGAUGGGAGGACCAGUUCACUAUAGAUGGAUGUAUCCUAUCGAGAGGUAUUUAAGUAGUCUAAAAGGGAUGGUUCGAAAUAGAGCUCGUCCUGAAGGCUCCAUUGCCGAGGCCUAUAUUGUGAAAGAGUGUUUGACUUUUUGCUCGUUGUAUCUCCAUGGAAUGGAGACGAAAUACAACAGAGAUGAAAGAAAUUAUGAUGGCGAGGCACAUCUAAGUGCAACAAUCUCUGUUUUCAGAAAGAUAGAAUUAUAUUUGAGAGAGCAUGAAGAGAAGUUGAAGCAAGAAAAUCCUAUUGGUUGGGAGGCUAGGCAAAAGAAGGAGUUUGCUAAAUGGUUUGAUAAUCGAAUUGAACAGCUACGAAGUAUAAAAUCUAUCGAAGCUACCGAUGAACUUCUUGCACUUGCAUCUGGGCCUGAUUAUCGUCUUAGUAAGUAUAGUGGGUGUGUUGUAGAAGGAGUCAAGUAUCUAACUAGCAAAAGAGAUUCUAGACGAGUGACACAAAAUAAUGGAGUGUCUACAGAUUCUGUUCACAAAGCAAUAAAAAUAGAUGGUGAUCUUACUAGCGUAAAUGUGGGGAAGCUUUGGUACGAAAAUGAACCUUAUAUAUUAGCGAAUCAAGUAUCCCAGGUCUUUUACGUCAGUGAUACAAAAUUAGGUGGGAAUUGGAAAGUUGUUCAACAUGUACAACAUCGACAUCUUUUUGACCCAUCACUCAUCCAAUUUACUGCUGGAAAGGAGCCUGAUGUGAGUGAUGCAUAUCAACAAGAAAAUUGUGCUCAUAUUGAAGUUCAAAUUCAUGCUCGAGAGAUUGGAUCGGUGGUUCGAAACGAUGAAGCUCCUCUAGAGAUUGAAAUUGCUGAACAGAUAAUUAAUCCACGUGAAAACAUUCACAAUGAUAAAGAUGAAGAAGUAGAUGAAGAUGAAGAAGAUGACACGGUGGUCGAAUAUUUGACUAGUGAUGAUGAAGUUGCAUCUCAUGCUAAUAUGGAUAGUGACUUGGAAUAG